AUGGCGUCCAAUGACCCCGAGUAUCUGCUGGGCGAGUUAAAACAUGUUGACCCUACUUUGUUAAAACAUUGCCAUGUAGCUGCCACAACCUCAAUACUGGAGAUUUCAAAACACAAUGCAGACAAAUCAACACUUAGCACAUUUCUUGAAGAAUGUAAAUUUGAUGGGAAACGAAUAGACAUUUUUUACAGUGAACACCAGAACAGCCAUGUUCACAAGGUCAACCAGCCUGCAUAUCUGAUUACCUUGAAUGUAGAGAUCAAGGGCUCAGGAUCCACAGAUGAUAUUAAUUUCAGUUGUACAAUGGAGCAACUACAGGACCUGGUGGGGAAGAUGAAAGACGCAGCGAAAAGCCUCGAAAAAGAAACUCGGACAUAAACGAUGAAGCGAGAUGAAUAGCUGGAAGAAUCUGGUGGAACCUGACAACAAGACAGCGACCUUCGGGUUUUAAUUUCGCCAAUUCAAAUAUUUCACAGGGCAUUGUAUAUUGUUGAAGUAAUUUAAAUGUAUUUGAUACGUAAAUCUAAUGAACCAAUGUCAAACAGCAAGCCCUACUAAACAAAUACUGUAAAAGGCGUGCAGAACACGUGCUAUAUAUUUGUGUGUAACAAUAAAAAAACAUUUCAAAAGUA